AUGGAGACGGCGGCGUCUCCCCACCUGCCGCCAACGCCUCUCAACGGCGAUAGCAACGGUGUCAACGGCACGGCCCUCGUUGCUAUGGACCCAGCCCGCGUCGUCGACCAUCUGGCUCAGCUGCUCGAGGCCGCACUCGGUGCAACACGCGAGGAGCUCGAAGCCCCCGGCAGCCUGUUGUCCAAGGCUCGACACGCCGAUACCCUCCAGCGAUGUACUCGCUUCACCAGUGAUGUCCAGGUGUCUCUGUACAUACAGAAGGACCUCCCUGCGGCACCUCAGCUGGAGAAUGGCGAUGGAGAGCCAACAGGACAAGUUCUACACACAUACACUAUCGCGUCGGAUCUGUCUUCGACGCCGACGACCGUCGCCUUCCUGGUCCUCCUGAAGCGUCCGCAGCCUCUCGACCCAUCCGUCCCCUUAUCCUCCCAGUUGCAGGUUCUCAACCUGCCAGGCCCGGCGUACCUUGCCGCCACCGCCAGCGAGCAGGGUCCGUCGGCCUCGCCUUUCGAAUACCUCCAACUCUUCCUCCACAAUGGUCUGGCGCCAUACUUCGACGCGAGUACCAAGAGCCAACAGAUGAUAGGGGGAAGCCGUGGCAGGGCUGAUGUCGACGCCAAGACCGGUAUACCUGUCACGAAGAAGAGAUGGACCGAGCUGGAGCUGAGCCUGUCACACCUGCAGCAGAAUGUCGAGAUCCCAGAGGUUCUGCUGCCCUUCCAUCCGAUCGUCCAGACCGCCCUCGACGAUGCCGCCGCCCGCCAUACCAAGCCCUCCAUCGAUCUAAUUCCUGCCGCCCUCCUCUCGGACAGUCAGUUCCUCAACAAACUGCAAGCAAACGUGAACAACUGGAUUAAGUCCAUCCAGGUCAUUACCAAGAUGAACCGCGACCCCGCGACCGGGACUGCCAACCAGGAGAUCAACUUCUGGCUGUCCAUGGAGGCGGCGUUGGGCGGCAUCGAGGGGCAGCUUUCUAGUGACGGCGUGCGCCUGACGCUGGAGAUUCUCAAGCACGCAAAGCGAUUUCAGGCCACCGUCAGUUUUGGUGCAGAUACGGGCCUCAAGGAGGCCAUGGACACAGUCCAGAAGUAUAACCAGCUCAUGCGUGACUUCCCUCUGGACGAGCUCCUCUCAGCAACAUCUCUGCCCAAGGUGCGAGAUGCUAUCGAUCAGAUCUUCACACACCUGAACAAGAAGCUGAGGAUAUGUCCCUAUCCGAUCCGGAGGGCGCUCCCCCUGGUGGAAGCUAUAUCCGCCGAUCUAGAUGAGGUCAUGCAUCGUCUGCUCCCCGGCACUGAGCUUGUUGACCUUGACUACCAGGAGUUCAGGAACGUCAUGCGCAUGACAGAGAGAGUCUUCAGAGCCUGGGAUGAUAACCGGAAAUCCUUCACAGAUGUUGCACGCGACGUCACGCGGAGGAGAAACGAAAAGUUUAUCCCCAUCAAGAUCACCCCCAGGCAUGCCGAGUUACAGUCCCGCCUGAAGUACGUCAGCAACUUCCGUGACAAUCACGAGCAGCUGCAGAAGACGAUUGUCGAUGUUCUGGGGCCGAAAACUGUCGCCGAGGUAACAGACACCGCUGCAAUCACCGGAGGUGUCGUUGUCGAAGAGAUGGGUGAUGUCGAUGCAGUCGAGGAAGUCAAACAAGCCUGGGAGGCUCUCCGGAAUGUGGACUUGCUCGAUGUGUCUCCCGAAGGAACCCAGAAAUGGGUCAAGGCCGAGGAGACCUACAACGAACGUACGUCACGCGUCGAAAACUCCAUCAUCGCUCGGCUACGAGAUCGUUUGGCCACGGCCAGGAAUGCCAACGAGAUGUUUCGCGUCUUUUCGAAAUUUAAUGCCUUGUUUGUGCGGCCUAAGAUCCGAGGUGCCAUUGCCGAGUACCAGACCCAGCUCAUCGACAAUGUGAAACAGGCCAUCAACUCGCUGCACGAGCGUUUCAAGCAGCAAUAUGGUCACUCUGAAGCGCAUGCGAUGGCACAGCUCCACGACCUCCCUCCUGUGUCUGGGGCGAUCAUAUGGGCACGUCAGAUAGAGCGGCAGCUUGACGGCUACAUGAAGAAGGUGGAGGAUGUCCUCGGAGCGAACUGGGCCAUCCACACCGAAGGAGAGAAACUCAAGAACGAGGGUGAUCUCUUCCGGAAGAAGUUGGACACUCGGCCCAUCUACGACGCCUGGCUUCACGAUGUGCAGAGAAAGCAGAUUACAAUCUCGGGGCUUCUUUUCACCGUGAACAGGAUCCGGUCUGCUGGCAAUAUUCUGGAGCUGCAGGUGAACUUUGAUGCCCAGGUCAUCGCCCUGUUCAAGGAAGUUCGGAAUCUGCUGUGGCUGAACUACGCCGUCCCCCACGCCAUCAACACUGUAUCCAAAGAGGCAAAGCGAGUCUAUCCCUUUGCUGUCAGCCUCAUGGAGAGCGUUCGAACCUUCGCACAGACCGACCGCCAGAUCGCAGACAUGCCGGAUGUUUCUGUCCUACUUAGUGGGUACCGCAAUGAUGUCCAGUCGGCCAUCCUCAAGGGCAUACCACUACGAUGGGAAUCGUUCAAUAAUAUGUACGAGCUGCAUUUCAGGACGGAUUCAUCCAAGACGGAGAGCAAGCACGUCGCCUUCGUCAAGGAACUGGCAUCAAAAGUAUCGCUGCUUCAGACCAAGACGAUGACGCUAGCAACAAUCAACAUUACCAUCCAGAAGUCCCUCGCCGAGCUAGGCACCUGUCCCUACGAGGCCACGGCAUUCGAGUCCAGACUGAGGACAAUCCAGGAGGCCGUUGACCAGCUUAAUCUGGAGCAGUACGUGAAUCUGGGCUACUGGGUUGAUGGCAUGAACACCCAGAUCAAGAAUACGCUUCUUGUUCGCCUUCAACGCGCUAUUCAAACCUGGAUCGAGGCGUUCGAGGACGAUUAUUUUGAAGGCGAGGACAACCGCCGCAGAACCUUCACAGAUGGUACAGCAGAGAGCAAAGCAGACAAGCCAACGAUGAAGCGGUCGAUACAUGAGAUUACGAUGCGAAAUCAAGUCAUCUACCUGGAUCCCCCUCUAGAGUACGCGCGAGCUACUUGGUUCCUGCAGCUCCAGGACUGGCUCGGUGUGAUCUGCAAUCUGCACAAGGUCAAGGCCACUCGGUAUCAGAUGAGCUUAAGCACUACAGCCUACGAAGAGCCUCGCUUUAAUGACCUGCCUGCCGAGUGCACGGAAAUGCUGACCCGCGUUCAUGGCUCUGUCGAAAAGAAACUGUCGGAGGUUGGAUCAUAUGUCGACAAGUGGCUUCAAUUCCAAUCUCUUUGGGACCUGCAGUCAGAUCAAGUCUAUGAUCUUCUAGGUGAUCAACUCUCUCGCUGGCUGCAGCUCUUGCAAGAGAUUCGGAAGACACGUCAAACUUUCGAUACCUCGGAGGUCAGCCGUUCUUUCGGCCAUAUUACGAUCGAUUAUGACCAGGUACAAACCAAAGUCAACGCCAAGUAUGAUCAGUGGCAGCAUGACAUCCUUCUCAAGUUCGCAAGCCGCCUCGGUAAUCGCAUGCGGGACGUUCAUGCUGAGCUUGAAAAGGCCCGGCGGGACCUGGAGGGCCAAAGCCUAGAAGCGUCAUCCACUGCGCAGGCCGUGCAAUUUAUCACCAUCGUCCAAAGCUGCAAGCGGCAGGUCAAGCUCUGGGCACCAGAGGUUGAGAUCUUCCGCCAGGGCGAGUCGACUCUUGUGAGGCAGCGGUACCAGUUCCCCAACGACUGGCUCCAUGCAGAACAAGUCGACGGCAUGUGGGAUGCACUUAAUGAGCUUCUCGCACGCAAGUCCAAGGUUGUACAGGACCAAACAGAUGCCCUGCGUGCCAAGAUCAUCGCCGAAGACAAGGUCGUGGCCGACAAGAUCACAGAGGUCGCGUCACAGUGGAACGAAGAGAAGCCGGUGUCCGGUACCAUACCUCCUGAUGAGGCUAAUGCCACCUUGACCUCGUUUGAGACCAGAAUUACACAACUGCAAGAGGAGUUCGCCAUGGUUGCGAAAGCCAAGGAAGCUCUUGACCUUCCAGCCUCUGGUGAUUCGUCUCUCGGUGUCAUCCUGGAGGAGGUUCAGGACUUCAAGUCUGUUUGGGCUUCCCUCUCGUUGAUCUGGAAGAGUCUCAACGAGCUCCGGGAGAUGCUCUGGACCAGCGUGCAACCAAGGAAGAUCAGGUCCUCCAUCGACAAUCUCAUCAAGAUGACCAAGGAGAUGCCCAGCAGAAUGCGGCAGUAUGCUGCUUUUGAGCACAUUCAAAACAUCCUUCGUCAAUACCUCAAGGUCAAUUCCCUGCUAGGUGAUCUCAAGUCUGAAGCCGUGCGGGAUCGGCAUUGGACCAAGAUCUGGAAGCAGAUCAAGCCUGGAAAGCGGUACUCGCCCGUCUCCAUGACCUUGGGCGAUGUCUGGGAUCUCAACCUAGUGGCGACCGAAGUCAUCAUCAAGGAUAUUAUCACCCAGGCUCAGGGCGAGAUGGCCCUGGAGGAAUUCCUCAAGCAGGUCAAGGAGGAUUGGACCAACUAUCACCUCGACCUCGUCAACUACCAGAACAAGUGUCGCCUCAUCCGCGGCUGGGACGAGCUCUUUGCAAAAUGCAGCGAAAACCUCAAUUCUCUGCAGGCCAUGAGGCAUUCGCCUUACUACAAGGAGUUUGAGGAGGAAGCUUCUACCUGGGAAGAUAGGCUCAACCGCGUCCAUGUGCUCUUUGACGUGUGGAUUGACGUUCAGCGUCAAUGGGUGUAUCUCGAAGGUGUGUUCACCGGCAACGCAGACAUCAAGCAUCUACUGCCCAUCGAAUCCUCGCGCUUUCAAAACAUCAACAGCGAAUUCUCAGCAGUCAUGAAGAAGGUCUACAAACAGCCGACCGUCCUGGAUGUCCUCAACAUCCCCAAUGUGCAGAAGUCUCUGGAGCGCCUGGCCGAGCUUCUCAACAAGAUUCAAAAGGCCCUCGGUGAAUACCUCGAGAAAGAGCGUGUGUCAUUCCCGCGGUUCUACUUCGUCGGUGACGAAGAUCUUCUAGAAAUGAUUGGUAACAGCAACGAUACCCUGCGUAUUGCCAAGCACUUCAAAAAGAUGUUUGCGGGUCUCUCUGGCCUGGUCAUGGAUGAGGAAGGUGUUAUCUCCGGCUUCACGUCCAAGGAAGGCGAGGUUGUGCGAUUGAAGAAGCAAAUCUCGGUCAUUCAGACCCCCAAGAUCAACGACUGGCUUGCUCUUCUGGAGGGCGGCAUGCGAGCGACGCUUGCCGAGCUGUUGGCCGAGGCUAUAGAACAGUACACGCCGAUCUUCUCCAGCGAAGAAAUCGAGCAGGCUGCCCUGAACGAGUUCAUGGAGGCAUAUCCAAGCCAGAUCGUGGUCCUAGCUACUCAAGCAGUCUGGACGACAGCUGUUGACCAGGCCCUGGCCGAUGGCGGAAAGGGUCUGCAGACACUGUUCGAGCGCGAGGUGCAGGUACUUCGACUGCUCGCCGAGACCGUGCUGGGCGACCUCGAGGUGCUUCUGAGGAAGAAGUGCGAACAGCUCAUUACCGAGUGUGUCCACCAACGCGAUACCAUCGAGAAGUUGAUGAACCUCAAUGCGAACACCCCAACGCACUAUAUGUGGCUUCUGCAGAUGCGCUACGUCUACAGUCCUCAGGGCGAGUACCUCGACCGUCUGCACAUCAAGAUGGCAAACGCCAGGCUCAACUACGGCUACGAAUACCUGGGUGUUCCAGACAGGCUUGUCAGGACACCGCUGACGGACAGAUGCUUCCUAACGCUUACUCAGGGUCUCUGUCAGCGCCUUGGAGGCUCGCCAUACGGGCCUGCUGGUACCGGUAAGACAGAAUCUGUCAAAGCGCUCGGUGUCGAACUUGGCAGGUUCACUUUGGUCUUCUGCUGCGACGAUACUUUUGACUUCCAGGCCAUGGGGCGCAUCUUCCUUGGUAUCUGCCAAGUUGGUGCAUGGGGCUGUUUCGACGAGUUCAACCGGCUGGAAGAGCGGAUUCUGUCCGCUGUGUCUCAGCAGAUUCAGAACAUCCAGCUUGGUCUCAAGCAGGGCGUCGAGGACGACAAGGCCCAAAUUGAGCUUGUUGGUCGUCAGCUUCACGUCAACGAGAAUACGGGCAUCUUCAUUACUAUGAACCCUGGUUACGCUGGCCGGUCCAAUCUGCCAGACAAUCUCAAGAAGCUCUUCCGAAGCGUGGCCAUGUCUAAGCCCGACAAGGAACUUAUUGCCGAAGUCAUGUUGUAUUCUCAAGGGUUUAACCAAGCCAAGCAGCUCUCCAAACACACCGUGCCAUUCUUCGACCAGUGUGCAGCUAAACUGUCGAAACAAGCGCAUUACGACUUUGGUUUGCGUGCCUUGAAGAGCGUCCUGGUUAGUUCCGGCGGCCUGAAACGUGCUCGACUUGUCGAGAAUGAUGGCAAGCUUGGCGCUGAGGAAGUGGUCGAGCCUGAAAUCAUUGUGCAGAGCAUCCGUGAAACUAUCGCUCCAAAGCUGAUCAAGUCUGACGUCGACAUCAUGACGGACAUCGAGCAAGAAUGCUUCCCCGACGUCAAAUACGUGCCUGCGAACCUGCACAAGUUGGAAGAGGCUAUACGUCGUCUGGCAGGCGAGAGACAGCUCGUGGUCACUGACCUCUGGAUGACCAAGAUCCUCCAGCUUUACCAGAUCCAGAAGAUCCACCAUGGUGUCAUGAUGGUUGGAAAUUCUGGAACGGGCAAAUCGGCUGCUUGGAGACUUCUGCUCGAUGCCCUCCACCAGGUUGAGGGAGUCGAGGGCGUGUCACAUGUGAUUGACUCCAAAGUCAUGUCCAAAGAGGCGCUCUACGGCAACCUGGAUUCGACUACCAGAGAGUGGACAGAUGGUCUCUUUACAAGCAUUCUGCGUAAGAUUGUGGAUAACCUCCGUGGCGAAGACUCAAAGCGGCACUGGAUCGUUUUUGAUGGCGACGUCGAUCCUGAGUGGGUUGAGAACCUGAACAGUGUGCUCGACGACAACAAGCUGCUCACCUUGCCAAACGGUGAGCGUCUCAACCUGCCACCCAACGUUCGCAUCAUGUUCGAGGUGGAAAAUCUCAAGUAUGCCACGCUCGCUACCGUCAGUCGAUGCGGCAUGGUCUGGUUUAGCGAAGACACUGUCUCGCCUAGCAUGAUGGUGGCCAACUACCUCAACACCCUACGCACUGUCGCUUUCGAAGAUCUGGACGAAGAUGCGGUCGCCACCGGUCAGAGCUCCGCCAAGGCACUGGCCGUUCAAUCCCAGGCAGCGGACCUGCUGCACGCCCACCUGGAGAUUGAUGGUUUCAUCCUCGCUGCCCUCAAGGAAGCUGAGGGCUACAACCACAUCAUGGAUUUCACGGUUGCCAGAGUGCUUAAUACGCUCUUCUCUCUCCUCAACAAGGCAGUUCGUGAUAUUAUCGAAUACAACAACCAGCAUGUGGACUUUCCCUUGGAUUCGGAGCAAGUGGAAGGUUUCAUCUCCAAGAAACUACUACUGGCUCUGGUCUGGGCAUUGACUGGUGAUUGCCCAUUGGCGGAUCGAAAGACAUUUGGCGAUAGAGUAUGUGGGCUGGCUGACUUUGGGUCGCCACCGCUGGACGGCACCAGCGCUCUCAUCGACUUCGACGUCUCGCUACCACAAGCAGAGUGGACUCCCUGGCAGAACCAGGUACCGACAAUCGAGGUCAACACCCACUCAAUCACACAAACAGAUGUUGUCAUCCCGACGCUCGACACGGUUCGUCACGAAGAUGUCCUAUACUCUUGGUUGGCUGAGCACAAGCCUCUCCUACUCUGCGGUCCUCCUGGCUCUGGUAAGACGAUGACGCUGUUCAGCGCUCUUCGAAAGCUCCCGAACAUGGAGGUCGUGGGUCUCAACUUCUCGAGUGCCACUACACCUGACCUCCUCAUCAAGACGUUCGAGCAGUACUGUGAAUACAAAAAGACACUAAAUGGAGUCAUGUUGUCACCUACUCAGAUUGGAAGGUGGCUCGUCAUUUUCUGUGAUGAGAUCAACUUGCCCGCCCCAGACAAGUAUGGCACACAGAGAGCUAUUUCCUUCCUGCGUCAACUUGUCGAGCACAACGGAUUCUGGAGGACCUCCGACAAGGCCUGGGUUACGCUCGACAGAAUCCAAUUCGUUGGUGCUUGCAACCCUCCAACAGACGCCGGCCGUACGCCGAUGGGCGACCGUUUCCUCAGGCACGCACCUCUCAUCAUGGUCGACUAUCCUGGCGAGCAGUCUCUUCUUCAGAUUUACGGCACAUUCAACUCUGCAAUCCUCAAAAUCAUUCCUUCACUUCGUGGAUAUGCAGAGCCGCUCACCCAGUCGAUGGUGCGGUUCUAUCUCGAAUCUCAGCAGCGGUUCACGCCCAAGAUUCAGCCACACUAUGUCUACAGUCCUCGUGAAUUGACCCGGUGGGUCCGCGGCGUAUACGAGGCCAUCCGGCCCCUGGAGACUCUCUCCGUCGAGGGCUUGAUCAGAAUCUGGGCGCACGAGGCUUUGCGUCUGUUCCAGGAUCGUCUCGUCGAAGACGACGAGCGAAAGUGGACGGACGAUGCUGUUCGCCGAAUCGCCUUGGACUUCUUCCCCACCAUCGAUGACCAGCAGGCUCUUGGCGGGCCCAUCCUAUUCUCUAACUGGCUGUCCAAGAACUACGUACCGGUCGACCGCGAGCAACUUCGUGAUUUCGUCAAAGCUCGACUCAGAACGUUCUGCGAGGAAGAGGUCGACGUGCCGCUCAUAUUAUUUAAUGAUGUCCUGGAACACGUCCUUCGUAUCGAUCGUGUCUUUAGGCAACCCCAGGGGCAUCUCAUCUUGAUUGGUGUCAGCGGAUCGGGAAAGACUACCCUGUCCCGCUUCGUUGCUUGGAUGAACGGCUUGAAGGUCUACCAGAUCAAGGUGCACGGCAAAUACUCAGCAGAGGACUUUGACGAGGAUCUCCGAGAAGUCUUACGACGCUGCGGCUGCAAGGGUGAAAAGAUGUGCUUCAUUAUGGACGAGUCAAACGUCCUGGACUCGGGCUUCCUCGAGAGGAUGAACACGCUGCUCGCCAAUGCGGAGGUUCCUGGUUUGUUCGAAGGCGAUGAGUUUGCAGCGCUUAUGACGGCUUGCAAGGAAGGGGCCCAACGUCAAGGCCUGCUUCUCGACUCUCAAGAGGAGCUCUACAAGUGGUUCACAUCGCAGAUUGUCAAGAACCUACACGUUGUGUUCACCAUGAACCCACCAGAGGAUGGUCUUUCAUCCAAGGCAGCUACCAGUCCGGCGUUGUUCAACCGUUGCGUGCUUAAUUGGUUCGGCGACUGGUCUGAUCAAGCCCUGUUCCAAGUUGCUCACGAGCUCACGCACUCGGUGGAUCUAGACCGCUCCAACUUCCAGGCGCCCGACACGAUCCCUGUUGCGUAUCGUGCCCUCACCCUGCCUCCUUCGCACAGAGAGACAGUUGUCAAUUCGAUGGUGUACAUCCACUACUCUUUGGCACGCUUCAAUGAAAAGCUGCGGAGGCAACAGGGCAAGGUCACGUUCCUCACCCCACGUCACUUCCUCGAUUUUGUGGCGCAAUACGUCAAAUUGUACAAUGAGAAGCGUGAAGAUCUCGAAGAACAACAGCGCCAUCUCAAUGUUGGUCUUGAGAAGCUGCGAGACACCGUGGACAAGGUCCGCGACCUACGAGAGAGCCUUGCAGAGAAGAAGGCGCAGCUAGAGCAAAAGGAUAUCGAGGCGAACGAGAAGCUGCAGCGUAUGGUUGCUGACCAGCGAGAAGCUGAGCAGCGGAAGAGCACGUCCCUGGAAAUUCAAGUCGCGCUGGAGAAGCAAGAGGCUGAGGUUGCGUCGAGAAAGAAGGUCGUUUUGGAGGACCUGGCAAAGGCUGAGCCCGCUGUUGAAUCAGCCAAGGCCAGUGUCAGCAACAUCAAGAGGCAACAUCUCACGGAAGUCCGAUCCAUGAACACGCCGCCUUCAGGUGUCAGGCUCGCCCUCGACUCUGUCUGCACUCUUAUCGGUCACAAGGUCAAUGAUUGGAAAGCUAUCCAGGCCGUGGUGCGACGAGACGAUUUCAUUGCUAGUAUCAUCAAUUUCGACAACGAGAGGCAGAUGACAAAGGCGCUGCGCAUCAAGAUGCGGAAUGAGUUCUUGUCCAACCCCGAAUUCACUUUCGAAAAGGUCAACCGUGCCAGCAAGGCUUGUGGUCCUCUGGUCCAGUGGGUGGAGGCCCAAGUCAACUUCGCCGAGAUUCUGGAUCGGGUUGGUCCACUGAGGGCGGAGGUCGACCAGCUAGAGGAGCAGGCUCUGCAGACGAAAGCCGAGGCCAAAGCUAUCGAGAACAACAUUGCCCAUCUCGAGCAGAGCAUUGCAACGUACAAGACCGAAUACGCUGCGCUCAUCAGCGAGACGCAGGCCAUCAAAUCCGAGAUGCAGAGGGUGCAGUUCAAGGUCGAUCGAUCCGUGAAGCUGCUUGACAGCCUCUCAUCCGAACGCGUUCGCUGGGAAGAGGGCAGUAAAUCCUUUGAGACGCAGAUCAGCACGUUGGUGGGAGACGUGCUCGUCGCGGCAGCGUUCCUCGCUUACAGUGGUCUCUAUGAUCAGACUUUCCGCAAGUCCAUGCUAGAGGAUUGGCUCCACCAGCUGCACCUGUCUGGCAUUCAGUUCAAGCCACACAAUCCCUUCACCGAGUAUAUGUCGACCGCAGACGAACGCCUCAAGUGGCAGGAGAACAGCCUGCCAGUUGAUGAUCUCUGCACUGAGAAUGCCAUCAUCCUGCAGCGGUUCAACCGAUACCCGUUGAUCAUCGAUCCGUCCGGCCGCGUCAACGAGUUCUUACAAAAGGAGUGCAAGGACCGCCGUUUGACUGUCACUAGCUUCCUGGACGAUUCGUUCACCAAACAGCUUGAGAGCUCACUCCGUUUCGGCAAUCCCAUCCUCAUCCAAGAUGCAGAGUACCUCGAUCCCAUCCUGAACCAUGUACUGAACAAAGAGUACCAGAAGACGGGUGGUCGUGUCCUCAUCCAACUCGGAAAGCAGCAGAUCGAUUUCUCGCCGUCUUUCAAGAUCUAUCUAUCCACGAGAGACCCUUCUGCAACCUUCGCGCCCGAUAUCUGCAGUCGCACGACCUUCGUGAACUUUACAGUCACUCAGAGCAGUCUCCAGACGCAGUCUCUGAACGAUGCACUCAAGUCAGAACGGCCAGAUGUUGACGAGAGACGAUCGAACCUUAUCAAGCUUCAGGGCGAGUUCAAGGUGCAUCUGCGCCAGCUUGAGAAACGCUUGCUUCAGGCUCUCAACGAGUCACGUGGUAAUAUUCUAGAUGACGACAAUGUCAUCGAAACCCUGGAAACGCUGAAGACCGAGGCGGCUGAGAUUUCGGCCAAGAUGAGCAACACCGAAGGUGUCAUGGCUGAGGUUGAGCAAAUCACCCUGGAGUACGAUGUCAUCGCCAAGUCUUGUAGUGCAGUCUUCACAGUUCUCGAGCAGCUGCACUACCUGAACCACUUUUACCAGUUCUCGCUGCAGUACUUCCUCGACAUCUUCCACCGCGUCCUACACAACAACCCGAACUUGUCUAAGGAGACCAACCACAAAGUCCGUCGCGACAUCAUCGUCAAAGACCUUUUCAUCACCACCUUCAAGAGGACUGCCCUUGGACUGCUUCAGAAGGACCGCAUUACUCUCGCCAUGUUGCUUGCCCAAGCGUCGCCGUAUAAGAUGGACAAGGACUUGAUCGACAUCAUUCUUGACGAGAAGGUGCCAGGCAUGGAUGUAUCGACCGAGGUGGAUGCCAAGGAUGAUGCAUUCAUCAGCGCCAGGAAGUUGCCUGCGCUGAAGGACAAGAUUGACCAGGUGCCUCAAGAUGAGUGGGAUCGUUUCUUCUCCGAGGAGCUUGCUGAAAACUGCGUGCCCAAGAUCUGGAACGACGAGACUGAGCCGAUUGACCAGGCUCUGUCGUCCCUGCUUCUUAUCAAACUCUUCCGCCUUGACCGCUUUGUCCCCGCCGCUGAGCGCUUCGUGGGUCUUGUCUUCGGCAGUGAUUUGUUCGAUAUUGUCGAGGACCUCAAGGCUACGGUCACGGAAGUAUCUGCAACCAGGCCAGUCGCUCUGGUCUCGAGCCCAGGCUUCGACGCCAGCUACAAGGUCGACAGCCUUGUCGAGAGGAUGCGCGUCCGGUGCACCAACAUUGCCAUGGGAUCCAACGAGGGUCUUGCCAGUGCAGACAAGGCCGUCAGCCACGCUGCCCAAGUUGGCUCCUGGGUACUUGUCAAGAACGUCCACCUUGCACCAACUUGGCUUCAAAGUCUGGAGAAGCGCAUGGAGUCGCUCAACCCCAACCCAGAGUUCAGGCUGUUCCUCUCCAUGGAGUCGAGCCCGAAGAUCCCUGUCAAUUUACUUCGCGCCUCUCGCGUGCUCAUGUACGAGCAGCCUGCUGGUGUGAGGGCCAACAUGAAGGACUCUAUGUCUUCGCUCUCUACCAGGCCUGCCAAGAGCCCUGUAGAGAGGCAGAGGCUGUACCUUUUGCUAUCUUUCUUGCACGCUGUGGUUCAGGAGCGUCUGCGAUACGCACCAAACCUUGGAUGGAAGGGCUUCUGGGAAUUUAACGAUAGUGAUUAUGAAUGCUCCGCGUUUGUCAUCGAUACGUGGGUGGAAACCGUUGCUCAGAAUAGGACCAACAUCGCGCCGCAGAACAUCCCCUGGGAUAUGAUCCGCUACCUCGUCACAGAGACUUACGGUGGCAAGAUCGACGAUGAGGGCGACUUCAAGCUUCUCAACCAACUUGUCCACUCAUUCCUGACCCCUGCCGCCUACGACAUUGGCCACAAACUUGUCGAGGGCGGUGACAAGGAGGGUAGUCUCGAGGUGCCCUCGGGCACAUCCAUGCAGGACUUUAUGAGCUGGGUCCAGAAGCUCCCUGAGCGUGAGCCGCCUACUUACCUGGGCCUGCCUGCCAAUGCCGAAAAGCUGCUGCUUGUCGGACUCGGCAAGAGUAUGAUCCAGAACUUGAGGAAGGUCUCGGACCUGUUGGAUGAGAGCGAGCAGGUGAUGACGGAGGCCGCGCAGGCUGCUUAGAUGGACCAACUUGAAAUGGAGUGGGUUGAAACUGGCCGCAUGGGGAUAAAUUACGGAAGUAGGCAGAGAAGAGCGGCGUCUUUCUUAUGUUUAACUGAUUUUUCGGGUUCUCUAGACUGUGGUGGCGUAUGGACAACAACAGGAUGGAGGGGCCUCAUUUCAAUGUGGUUUUGUGUUUAGUGCAGAUACCCUUCAGUCACCAUGGCAGGUCAAUAACCUUUUUCCUUUUGUCACAUAUCUUCUUCCUUCUUUCUAGACUUGUAGAGCAAU